AAAUAACACUGUACAGUAAACAUGCGUGCCAUAUCGUUAGUAAACCGACUUGAGUUUGAUUUCGGUGGCAACGUUCUUCGAAAUGCUAUCACUUUGAGGGACGUUGACAAUGACGGAAAUUACGAGCUGAUUGUCGGAAAUGAAAAGGGCGAAGUGGUUAUUUUCAAAGGCAAAGAAAAAUGGCAAACAAUUAACAAUUUAGGUUUUGUAUGCUGUUUAGCCGUCGGUGAUAUUUUUAAUCAAAAUAGGAAUAGUUUAGUCAUAAUUACUGGAGAUGGAUGGUGCCACAUUUACGAUAGUCCUGAAUCGAGGAACACCACGGAAAGUGUAGAUACGGUCGAUGGGCAAAUACUAUCUGGGGAAAGUUACGAAAGUUAUACGAGUGAUUCCUUAACUGCCAAAUCCUCCAGACGCAGGAACAUCAAUAAGAAGCAUCUUCAGCGAGUCCAUGUACAAAGAAUACCCGCCAAUACUAAAUAUAUUUUAUUAGAUGACAUCGAUGGUGACGGGUGCAUCGAAAUGGUUUUGGGCCUGACGGAUCGAGUGAUUCGGUCUUACAGAUGGUUCGAUCCGUUCCAUCCUAACAAAGCGGUCAUCAAUGUACCAAACACCAAGAUCAGAACAGCCGAUUGUAAAUUAAUUGGAUUGAACAAAUGGGAAUGUGCCAAGCAGAUAGGUUCAGUAACCUUGCAUCACGACAACGAAAACAGACCGUCGCUGUUGAUUGCGCAACCUGGAGGAACUUUUAUGCGAAUUCGGUACCAGCACGAUGAUAAUGGCGAGAUGAGCGAUUCCAGCAAUUCACAGAGCGAAUAUCUUACCGGUUCCUUCAUUGAUUAUCAGUUUUUGGGAUUGUCAAGAAUGCGAAAUCACAAUAUUUCAACUGAAAUUGUUGGCAAUCUAAAGACGAAGAAAGGGGACUGCAAGGAGUUUCCGUAUGCUGUGGCUACGCUUGAUGGUACUAUUAUGUUGGUACAGGAUGAAAUCAUUUUGUGGGAAAUCGCUGUCGAUCAUCAGGUCUUUGCCUUAACCAAACUCGAUGUCACUGGUGACGGAACUGAUGAUUUGGUGGCCUGCAGCUGGGAUGGAAACACUUAUAUUUUAGACCAGGAAAAACAUUCAGUACAAUUUCAGUUGGGCGAAUCCGUGCAGGCGUUUGACACGGGCUUCUAUAAUUUGGUGGCCGGCGAAAUACCUGUUACAUGUUUCGUUUACGUGACUUUCCGCAAUAGCGUUCUUCUGUAUUACGAUAUACCUUUGAAAGAGAUGAUCUGUAGGAAGUUCACGGUUGAUUUAGAGAGGAUCAAGGAUGUAUUCGCUAGUGAGAACGCUGAGGAAAGGGAUACAAUGGUGGCAACUCUAUCCAAUAACGAAAAUGACAAGAGACGAUUAGUGGAGUAUUUGUUGUAUGGUGUGCAUAUGUAAAUAACGGAUUGACAAAAUCAAUUAUGUAUAGCUUUUUGGCAUUUAUGUUGGUUUUAUUAAAUUUUUUGGGAAAUGUAUUACAAACAUUUUUCUAAGAAACUGUCA